UUUCAGGGGUAUCAAGGAAAGAUUUCAGAGAGUCAGAAAAUGCACAUGAGAGAGGAAAAAAAGUUUUACGAAGACAGCGUUUGUCCUCUGGUGUGCAAUGGAAAGACCAGGUUGAGGAAAGAAAGGAAACUGAAGAAUCCCCUGGGACGUUAGUGACUCCUCCUGGCAACUUCAGCCUGCAUGAAGGCUCAAUAAGGGAGAUGUCUAUCCUCCUGAACUUAUACCAGAGCAUGGCAAAUGCCCAUGUGCUUACCAGACAGACAACUGUCCCCCUGGAAGAGUUACCUUGGACAGAGCUUUGUGCACUCUUGCAUGAGAAUGUUGAAGCCCUGACCUUGAACUUCCACAAGGCUAAUGAGAGGAUAUCUCACCUAGAACAUACUUGCAAGCAAAAGACUGACACUAUGAACAACCUUCUGCAGAACCAGGAGGAUGCUUUUAAGAAAAUGUCUGAACAGUUUAAAGCACAGGAACAUUUAUGGCAGAAAGAAAAGCAAUAUCUUGAAGAGCAGUACUCAAAUCGCCUUGCAGAAAUUCAAGCCAGAGCACAGGAAUGUGAAGAAAGGGAGCAGAAAAACAGGCAAAAACUGUAUGGCCUUGAACAAAUGUGCGCACAACUGACCCAGGAAAACAAUUCCAUGAAAAAUACAUUAUCAAGUGGUCACAAGGAGUGCUCACCGCUGCUGGCAGCCUGUGCGCUGCUGUCAGGGGCCCUGUGCUCUCUCUAUGGCCGACUGUGCACUAUGCCUUGCCAAAGAGACAUUCUCCAGGAACAGAUGAACCAGCACCAAUUAUUGAACCAGAAGAUCAUCAGCCUCCUUUAUGCUCUCCCUACUGUGGUGGAAAGAAACCAAGACGAAGGCAGGCUGAGGCAGAGAAGAACCAAGAACCUGGUUUAUGUGUUCCGAAGAGCUGUGAUUGCAGUUCUGGCUGCUAACAGGCUGAGAGCUCUGGCCCGAUAUUCUUGUACCUUUUUUGUCUGGACGGAUGGCUCCAGAGGAAGCACUGGAAUUCAAGUUUGUGUGGGAGAAUCCAGAGGCAGGCAUCCUGUGCCACGUUUUGGAGAGGAAGGAGUUGACUGUAUGGAAGCACUUCAGUGGUUGACUAGCUCUAACCUCUAUACUGCAAUAAUCGGUUCCAUCUCGGAACUGCAGGAUGUUCUCAACAACCAAGAUGCAGAGUCCUGGCUUUCUGGACACUCACUUAUCGGUGCAGCCAGGAACUGCUUCGCAAAACUGAUGGACAGCCUGAGCGUACUGAUGGAGACAGUUCAACGGAACGCUUGUGGGUAUAGACCUUACCUGGAGAGGGACUCCCUGAUACAGAGGCUGGCUCGUGGGCUCCAGAGAGUAAAUGCCCAGGCCCUGGAAGCUGGAUUGUAUGACAGACUGCCCAGCACAAGAAACAUAGCAAUCUUGCAGCAAGAAAUAUUUGGAUUUUUACGAAGGCUUCAUGCAGCAGAGGUAGAGUCCCACUCACUGCACCUGCAGCUUGCAGAAUGCGGAUGGGCUUUCAGUGAGAUGCAGAAAGAUGCUGAAGAAGCCUGCAGACUGCAAGAGCAAUUAAAUGAACUUCAGCGUAGAAUCAACCAAGACAAUAUACAUAAGGAGUUAGAUAAUGCUUUGCAGCAUGAGCAUGAGGCAAAAUUGCUUCUACAAGAACACCAGCGACGGAUUCAGGAGCUGACUAAUACACUGGAAUUGCACUCAUGUGCCAACAAAGAUAGAAGCCAAGUCUCCAAUGUACCUCUGAUGAGCCUCUCUAAUGCAGCGGAGGAGCUGAGGAGAGAAGACAAAGUUCUGGAUCACCAGAAUAGACUCCUGAAAGACCCAGAGCAGUACCGGCAGCGGCUGCAGGAGACUCUCCAGGAGGCAGAACGUGCCAUCCAGGAACAGGGAGCAAUAGAUGAAGAGUUGAUCAUUAAUCAUGUGAAAGCUGUGGAGGCCACCCCGAAUGAGGUCAGAGAAGAGGCUGUGGCAUCAGAUGCUGCAGCAGCCAUGCCACUCCCCAGCCUGAAGACCCUUUCAGAGGAAGCAAUGAGAGACAGGCCAGAGGCUAGAUCAUUCCAGAACAUGUUUAGACGUCUUUGGGAUCUCUACUCACUGGCAGCUGCCGGAGUUGAAGCAUUAAGAACAGGAAGACAAUCUUCAGAGGCUCACGUUGAAUCUGAAGCAGCUUUUGUGCCUCUUGUUCCUGCUACUGAUGAAUCUUCACACUCCCACAUCGACUCUGAAGCAGAGGGGUCACCACCUCCUGCUUCACCUCCACCACCACCUCCUCCUCCUGCUCCUGUUGCUGUUCCUGUCACUGCUCCUGUUCCUCUGGCAGCCAGUAGUCCUCCUGCUCCACCUCAUGAUGAUCUUCUUCAGCCUCACAUUUCACCCCAGGCAGCUGGUAGAGCUCCUGCUCCUACUCCUGCUCCUGCUGCACACAGGGGAGAGCUUAGAACCGAUACUGUCUCUGGAACCGACACAACAUCCAGUGUGGCAGCAGACAGAACUAUGCCUGUAUCCAGCAUACCUACCAGUGUGGUACCACAUGGAACGCCCAGUCUGUAUGAGACUGACAGACUCUCCAGUGUGGCACCAGACAGAACUGUGCCUGUAUCCAGCGUACCGUCCAGUGUGGUACCACGUGGAAUGCCCACUCUGUAUGCGACUGACAGGCUCUCCAGUGUGGCACCAGACAAAACUGUGCCUGUAUCCAGUGUACUGUCCAGUGUGAUACCACGUAGAACGCCCACUCUAUAUGCGACUGACAGGCUCUCCAGUGUGGCACCAGACAGAACUGUGCCUGUAUCCAGCGUACCCUCCAGCGUGUUACCACGUGGAACGCCCACUCGGUAUGCGACUGACAGGCUCUCCAGUGUGGCACCAGACAGAACUGUGCCUGUAUCCAGCGUACUGUCCAGUGUGAUACCACGUGGAACGCCCACUCGGUAUGCGACUGACAGGCUCUCCAGUGUGGCACCAGACAGAACUGUGCCUGUAUCCAGCGUACCGUCCAGUGUGGUACCACGUGGAACGCCCACUCUGUAUGCAACUGACAGGCUCUCCAGUGUGGCACCAGACAGAACUGUGCCUGUAUCCAGCGUACCGUCCGGUGUGGUACCACGUGGAACGCCCACUCGGUAUGCGACUGACAGGCUCUCCAGUGUGGCACCAGACAGAACUGUGCCUGUAUCCAGCGUACCCUCCAGCAUGAUACCACGUGGAACACCCACUCUGUAUGCAACUGACAGGCUCUCCAGUUUGUCACCAGACAGAACUGUGCCUGUAUCCAGCGUACCCUCCAGUGUGGUACCACGCAGAACACGCACUCUGUAUACAACCGACACAUCAUCCAGUGUGACACCAGACAGAGCAAGUGUUGGAUCAUCAAUGGACAUAUCCUCCCACAGGAUAUCCGACAGAAGUUACAGUUCGUCUGCAAGCAACAUACCCUCCAUUGUGACACCAGACGGAACAGGUUUUGGAUCAUCAGUGGACAUAUCCUCCCAUGGGAUAUCCGACAGAAGUUACAGUUUGUCUGCAAGCAACAUGCCCUCCAUUGUGACGCCAGACAGAACAGGUUUUGGAUCAUCAAUGGACAUAUCCUCCUAUGAGAUAUCCGACAGAAUGUACCCUCUGUCUCCAACUGACACAUUCUCCAGUGUGACACCAAGCAGAACAGGUUUUGGAUCAUCAAUAGGCAUGUCUUCCCAUGGGGCACUUGACAGAAUGUACCCUCUGUCUCCAACUGACACACUCUCCAUUCUGACACCAGAGAAAGCAGGUUAUGAAUCAUCAAUGGACAUGUCCCCCCAGGGAGUACGCAACAAAAUGUACAUUCUGUCUCCAUCUGACAAAUUCUCCAUUGUGACAUCAGAGAAAAAAGGUCUUGGAUCAUCAAUGGACAUGUCCCCCCGUGGGGUACAUGACAGAAUAUACACUCCAUCUGCAUCCGACACACUCUCCAUUUUGACACCAGAGAAAAAAGGUUUCGGAUCAUCAAUGGACAUUUCCUCCCAUGGGAUAUCCGACACAAUGUACCCUCUGUCUCCAACCGACACAUCCUCCAGUGUGACACCAAGCAGAACAGGUUUUGGAUCAUCAAUGGACAUAUCCUCCUAUGGGACACACGACAGAAUGUACCCUCUGUCUCCAACCGACACAUCCUCCAGUGUGACACCAAGCAGAACAGGUUUUGGAUCAUCAAUGGACAUAUCCUCCCAUGAGAUAUCCGACAGAAGUUACAGUUGGUCUGCAAGCAGCAUACCCUCCAGUGUGACAUCAGACUGUCCAAUAUGUCCACCAAUGACCCAAAACCUAAGUACAAGUUUUGGAUCAUCAAUGGACAUAUCCUCCCAUGCGAUAUCCGACAGAAGUUACAGUUUGUCUGCAAGCAACAUAUCCUCCAGUGGGACACCAAGCAGAGCAAGCAUUGGGUCAUCAAGGGACACAUUCACCAACCUGACACCAACUAGAAACAGUACUGGAUCAUCAGUGGGUGCAUCCUCCCAUAUGACAGGGAGCAGAACUGGUACUGCAUCUUCAGUCAACAAAACCACACGGAACUAGUUCUUUGCCUUCAGUGAAGUCUUUCAGCCUGAAGGUCUUACCCAGCACCAGAAGAAAUCAGGGAAUUUAAUUAUUGGAUGUGACAGUUUUCUUGAGCAAUAUCCUAGCUUCUCUUCAGAAGAAAAAAAAAAAAAUCCAUCAAUGUAAAAGGACCUAAUUAAAGUACAAUUAAAAAAGGAGUAAUUAAAGUACCAACCUUUAUAUUGUAGUUCAGUGUAUGUAGUUUUGGUUGUGACAGCUAUAGGUGGCCUAAAGCUUCACAGAUUAUGUGGCAUAACAAGACAGCAACUCAACCAGCCUAAUCCAUUGGAUAGUAGAAGCAAACAAGUCCCCGGGUGUGUUACUGAUAGGUUGGAUUCAACUUCAAACAGGGGACUUCAGCCAAUCCCUUUGAACAAUGAAUGCACCCAUAUCAUUGGCCAGUGAGCUGGUGGAGCUAAGACCCUUGUCCAAUCAGCUAUGUAAGAGUGGGAAAUUUGAAGGCCCUGUAGAAGAGGAUGCCUUUUGUUGGUUUUCCCAGCUUUUACAGAGAGGGGGCAACUGAGAGGCAUUUAAAGAGAUUUCAUUCCAUUAUCAGUCUCGAUGAAUAGUGAGACACAAGAGAUGUAAAUCUCAACGCCAUUCCUUCAGAAGCCAACCUAUUUCCUGGUUACAAUACCUUAUAAAUGGUUUUCAACCUAUUAGCUUUUGCCCCACAAUGCUGCUCUUAACUCUAACACCAAUCACCUCUAUUUUUCCCCAUA